CCACCUCGCCAACCAUGUCCAGAUUCUCAGUCUCGCUGUUAGCCAGCAAGUUGACCAGCGCUUCGUCCUGAGGAGCGCGGAAUGACACAGGGAUACGACACAGUCCAGUUGCAUAUUUGUUUGGCUCGCUCAUGGAGUCUCACCCAUUCUACAUAUACCAGACAUUGCAAGAGCAUGAAAAGACGAUCAUUACAAACCUCAGCUGAAGGCUGCCGUAGGCUACAGCGCAAUUGUCGAAGGCCCCUUCGGACAGGAAUUGGACUUGAGCGGGUACGGGACAUGUCAAAUCGCUGGAGAGACCAAAUGACUACGGGGGUGUCUCUAUCCAGCCUGAUCGGUCUAUGUCGAAUCCUCGCUUUCGGUUAGAAUGAUGCUACUUUUAGAUUGCGUGAUUGUAUCUAAGCAAUCGUCGUGCUGAGCUUUGAAGUAGGUUGAACAUACAACCACACUCUUCUCGAUACCAAUUCGCAAGCAUGUGGCCUGUCGUCUGGAU